UUUGUUUAUGCAUGAAGUGAUGGAGAAAAUUGUUCAGCUGAUAAUUUCCUUUUUUUAGCAAAAGAAAAUGAUAUUAUUCUUUUUAUAUCGUAUAUAACAAAAUCCGAUGAAUUCUGUUCCCUGACAUAGGUUCAUAUUUAAUGCAAUCGGAAGAAAUAUAAUUACUUGAAUUAAAAAUGAGCUUUUAAGAUGAAACGCCGAUUUCUAAUUUUUUAAAAGCGUAACAUUUAAAUAGCCUUAUCUUGGUUUUUAUUUAGUGUUAUGAUUUCUGUAGGAAUCUAAGUAUGUUCUCGAAGUUCCUGUUUAUCCUUCCUUCCCGCAAAUUUAGUCAUAUAUGUCAUAUUGUGCUGCUUUUUGUAAUAAUCUUCCUAUUGUAUGUCAUUACUAGCUUGUAUUCAGUGAAUAAUGAUAAAUUACCAUUCUUUCAAGAAAUGCUGAAUGAAACAGUGUUUACCGAAACUGCAUUCAUGGUCAACACUGAAACUCCAAAUGAAGAUACAUCGAAGCACACAAGUCCAGUGUAUAAAAGACCAGUACUAGUUAAUGAAACAGUUUCUACUCUUCAUAUGAUACAUAUUGGAGAAAUUGUACCCAACUGCGGGCUGCCUACUGCAUGUAGUUCUGGAACAUUUGCAGUUCACAUAUAUACUGGUAAAGAUCAUAGAGAUGAACCAAGGCUUUGUGUUGAUGGAAAAUACAUUUUAUCCAAAGAUAUCAAUAAUGGUGGUAGAGGGGUAAAUGCUGUUGUUAUUGAUAACAUGACGAGAACAGUCAUUCGUGUGAAUCACUUUGAUACAUAUGAAAAAGAAUCUACACCCUUAGAAACAAUGUUGCUGACUUUGAGGCCUGGAGACAUUGUAAUCCUAUUGACAUUUGAUGAGCCAUCUCGAAGACUGUCUCGUAUAGCCAGAUUAUUACUACAUGAUUUGGGUAGUGCUCUGAUUCAGAACCUGAGUUACAGAGGAAGUUGGUACUUGAUAACACAGAAAGGUCUUUCUGGCUUCUCACCUUUUGAAGAUUUACAUCUGGUAGAGAAUAGUGGAUGGCCUAAACAUCAUGAUGUUCGGUUUUGUGUUCCAUUUGAAAUCAAAGGAACUGUUAUUCAUCCUGAUCCCUUACCAUCCAACAAUCCUGCAAGAGUUGAAUUUUGUGAAAAGCAUGAUAAUUUUCCUAUAUUCUGUGAUGCUGAUGUAGUUGAUGAUCCUUUAGCUGCUUCUCCUGUGUGGAAACAACCAUCUGCAAUAAAUAAAAUUUAUAAUGUCCCUAUUAUAGUGAUGAGUGGUGACAAUAUACAGUUUUUGCCUUUAACUCUAGAAACUUUAGUGAGACAGCCUGGCAUAAAACCUUCCCUUGUUAUUGUAUAUCAUCUGUCUAAAAAUAUGAUGGUUCAAAACUUAUCCGAUUUAUUUGGAUAUAUGGCAGAAGAACUGUCACCAAUUUCCUACUGUGAACGUGUUGCUGAAGCUUUUGAAAUUACCAAUCUGCUUUUUCCAGAGGCUUCAGAGGUGAUAUUUAUUGGAGAAAAUGCAGUUUUGGCUCCAGAUUUCCUUUUUUACAUGGGGCAACUAUUAUCCAUACUUCAUAUGGAUCAAACAAUUUUAUCUGUAUCAGCACUGAAUGAAAAUGGUUUUAAAAGUGUGUCAGGUGAUCCAUCACUCUCAUAUCGGGCUGAAUCAUUCUCUAGUUUAGCUGUGCUGGUUCGAAAAAAUUUUUUCCAGCGUUCCUGGUGUAAGAAACAGUAUUUGAUUGAUCCUCUGUACAUUUCUUCAAAAAUAGUUGGAGACAGUUUGAUACCGGAUGUAUCCCGUGUUGCUUUAGCUGCUCCUAUGAAAAGCAAACAUGCAAAUCAAGAUGCAUCACAUAUUUUCAUGUCACAUGAUAGAACUAUUACGUAUGAACAAAAUAUUUUACUUAAGAAUCCAGAGAGAUUGUUUCUUGAAGAUUAUGAUCAUGACCUUGAAAUAUUGCUGGCAUCAUCUGUGCCUUUAGAAUUUGAUGCUUUGGUCCUAAAUCAGUGCAUGAAAGUAAAGGAACAUUUGCAUGAAAAACUUAUUGAAGAUUUGUCUCACUUUAUCAAUAAUACAUCAAACUUCUCAAAUAAAGUCUUGGCAGUUUUUUUCUAUCAAGCAUCUGCUGAUGAUGUAUCAACUAUUCAAAACAUAUGUCAGUGUUUUGAAUUAUUUUAUCACCCCUUGUACCCUAUGAGAGGAUUCUACAAAGGAGUCUUAAGGUUUAUGUUAAAGGAGAACCAAGCUUUGCUAGUCAGUUCUAGGUCUCCAUUUUUCCACUUCAGGCCAAAACAAGCUCCAGUGUUGCGAAUAGAUCAGCAUUUAGGAAGUUUCGUCAGCACAGUUCUGUAAAAUUCUUCCCACGUAGUUGCUAUUGUUUUGAUUCCGUGUUCAGUUUUAUAAAAGAAGAGAAACGGCUUCUUAAAUAAGUGAGACUCUUCAUGAAGGGAAUGCUUUCUUAUUUACAGACAUAACUUUAUAAAGUUCUUGAAGAUCUAAAGAAAAUCUUUAAUUUUUGCGCCUUUUUGUUAUGAUAGCAUAAGUCCUGUAUACCGAAUUUUACAUUAUGUGUGAUCUCAUCGUCAUAUUGCAAGGCAAUAUUUAUUAAUUUCUUGUGUAUUCUAGAGUUAUAUCGAAUCCUAGUCUGUUUAAAGUAAUUGAAAGAAUUACAUAUGUAUCGUUAUAGCAAGAAAAAAAUCAGAUUAUAUUGGAUAAAUUUAUCGAUUUCAUAGAAUGUAUAUUCUUGUUAUGCGGAUUUAUUACUUUUAUGUUAUGAAAUGUUGUGUUUUCAUAAUGGCAUGUGUAUAGCCGUAUUUUAAUAUUUAAUCAGAUUUGUUUUAAAAUUCGUUUCCGACGUUGUAAUGUUUAUCUUGUUUUCUGUAUGCUGUGUCUUUUGUUUUGUUCGUGUUUUGAUUAGUUCUGAUUUUUGCACAGGGUGUUCCUAAAGUUCCUGAAAUUACACUAUGGAUCAUAUUUGAAUGCAGUUAAACAAGAGACAUGUCAGCGAAUUAAUGCUAUUAUACGUGGACAAAUAUUGGUAUAUUAAUCGAAUCAGUUCAUGUCAUACUAAAAGAGUGUAUCAAAAAGUGCCCGAAAUAAUCCUAUUGACCCAAAAAAGUGUCUGAAUUCAAUUUGAGCAUUAUCUCUAACGAAAUAGAUACAUUGCGCAACAGUGCACUGAUUCCACGGCCUGGAAGUGACAUUUGCGUAAGAAUGUCCACCCUUUUGCAGUUCGGGCUGGAUCUUGUCAACAUGCAACUAUGAAAUUGUUAAGCAACAAGUUUAACUUAAGCAACAUAUUGAGCAACACUUAAGCAACAAAUUCAUUUUUCAACAUACAACUAAGAAAAUGUUAAUAUCUUGAAUAUGAAGGAUCGAUUGUGUGAAGGACAAAUAUUAACAUCUUGAAUAUGAAGGACCGAUUAAUUGCUGUUAAGUUUGUAAAAAUUGAUCUUGAAUAUGAAGGACCGAUUAAUUGCUGUUAAGUUUGUAAAAAUUGAUCUUGAAUAUGAAGGACCGAUUAAUUGCUGUUAGGUUUGUAAAAAUUGAUCUUGAAUAUGAAGGACCGAUUGUGUGAAGGACUAGUAUUAACAUCUUGAAUAUGAAGGACUGAUUAAUUGCUGUUCGGUUUGUAAAAAUUGAUCUUGAAUGUGAAGGACCGAUUGUGUGAAGGACAAGUAUUAACAUCUUGAAAUAUGAAAAACCGAUUGUGUCAAGGACAAGUAUUAACAUCUUGAAUAUGAAGGGUCGAUUAAUUGCUGUUAGCUUUCUAAAAAAUUUAUUUUGAAUAUGAAGGACCGAUUGUCCGCUACUCAUUCACGGAGAUCUUGGCAUGCUGCGAUGCGGUGUUCCUUCUGCUCAAACGUCAGCAGUCGGCUGACAAACUUGGCAGACAAUUAGCAUUGCACGUUUAGUUCCGAUAAGAUUGUCUGCACUGGCCCAUACGACACACAGACAAUGUUUGCAGUGUCGCUGAUCAUUCUCGGACGACUCGCAUGCGUAAGUUCAUCAUUGUCAAGGUUAAUGCUUGUUGAAGGUCUUCCAGGUCAGCCAAGGUUAAUGCUUGUUGAAGGUCCCGAGUUCGUUCAUCAUUGCCAAGGUUAAUGCUUGUUGAAGGUCCCGAGUUCGUUCAUCAUUGCCAAGGUUAAUGCUUGUUGAAGGUCUUCCAGGUCUGCCAAGGUUAAUGCUUGUUGAAGGUCCCGAGUUCGUUCAUCUUUGGCAAGGUUAAUGCUUGUUGAAGGUCCCGAGUUCGUUCAUCUUUGCCAAGGUUAAUGCUUGUUGAAGGUCUUCCAGGUCUGCCAAGGUUAAUGCUUGUUGAAGGUUCCGAGUUCGUUCAUCUUUCGCAAGAUUAAUGCUUGUUGAAGGUCCCGAGUUCGUUCAUCUUUGCCAAGGUUAAUGCUUGUUGAAGGUCUUCCAGGUCUGCCAAGGUUAAUGCUUGUUGAAGGUCCCGAGUUCGUUCAUCUUUGGCAAGGUUAAUGCUUGUUGAAGGUCCCGAGUUCGUUCAUCUUUGCCAAGGUUAAUGCUUGUUGAAGGUCUUCCAGGUCUGCCAAGGUUAAUGCUUGUUGAAGGUCUUCCAGGUCUGCCAAGGUUAAUGCUUGUUGAAGGUCUUCCAAGUCUGCCAAGGUUAAUGCUUGUUGAAGGUCCCGAGUUCGUUCAUCAUUGCCAAGGUUAAUGCUUGUUGAAAGUCUUCCAGGUCGUUAGCUGUCUUCAGGAGACAUUCUUUUGCCUUUGUUGGCGCCUGUGCCGCUCAAAACAUUAAAUACCAUUCAUCUCGACAUCUUAUAAGUUUGAUGAUGUUUGUUGAAGGCCUUUGUGGCUAAAUUGUCCAUUUUAACGCAAAGUUAUACCUUGGAUCACUGUUCCACCUUUUUGCCCUUCAUGUAAUCGAAGAAUACCCGACGCACGUUAUUACAAAAGCAUAAUUAUAGCAAUUGCCGAUGGUAGCCCAACGAUGUAUCUUCACGCAAUACCUUAUGAAGCCUGAAAGUCAGUAUUGCUGCAAGUGCAACUCUGCAGUACAGAGCACUACAGAGCUAGCUGUUGUUAGCACCCUACAGAGCUAGUCCGAAAACUUCUUGAUACAUCUUUUUGGAUAGCCUUAUUCUGCUGUUAGGUUAGUAAAAAUUUUUAGAGCGACUCAUGAUGGAAUCUGCUAAGUCUAAGAACCUUGACAUUCACUUACUUUUGAAUGAAAAGGAGAAGAUUUUCAAUGGUGGGUCUCCGAAAGGCUUUUUAAUCCGGAGAAAGAGGUUUCAGUGAGCGAAAAUAAAUUCUCGAUAAGCUGAUAAAUACACUCCUCAAAAGUGUUCAUGAAGUAGGCUUAAAAUUCGUUACUUUCUAGGAAUAAUAUGUGCGCCGACGUGGGACUACGCAUGACAACUAGGCUAAAAGAAUUUAAAGCUUAUUUCUGAGAAAUUUGGAAAUCCCCUUUGUACUUAAAUAGAUAAUAAUUUGUUUUCACGUCUAAUAUUCCACAUUAAUUAUACGGGUUAUUUUAUCAACAUCAUUCAGAUCAUGGCAAUAAAAUAAAAUGGCUUUAUUAAAAA